AUGGAUCAACAGUCCUUCCGUCUGGGAAGCCGAGCGGUGACCUCAAGUCUCCAGCUUUUAUCCAGGACUGCCUGUCUCCAUCCGAUCCAUACCAUUUGCACUAUAGCCAUCUUGGCCAGUACCACCUACAUUGGAGUUCUCAAGGACAGCCUUUUCCAUGCGCCCGGAAAUUUUGGAAAAGCCGACUGGGGUUCUUUGAUUACAGGAAGCCGAAGCUUGAUUGCCAGCCCAGAAACUAGUUGGAAGUGGGACACGUUCAAUUCCAAUGAUAUCCCUGAGGAUUUUGACCACCAGGCGCUUAUAACCCUGAACUUUCCAGGGUCCUAUGCGGAGGCACCCCAGAUCAUUACAUCGUCCUUCACUCCCCUCGUGGAACUGCCUGUGCUUCCCCUUCCUUCAACAUCAAACCCUUUGACUGCGUAUACCCAGGAUAGUACCUUUGCCUUCGCGGUUCCACACCAAAAGGCGCCAGAAUUGGUAGCUACUAUGCGAAAGAUUCCCCACAAUAGACCUAAUGUCGAAUCUCUCGACGGGGGUGCCGAGAUGGAACCGAAAACGUGGAUCAUGAAGGCGGCCCGACCCGACGCGAAAGGCAAUCUUGCCCAGUGGGUUCAUGAUAGCUGGACGGAAUUCCUUGGUCUUAUCAAGCAUGCUCAAACACUCGACAUCAUUGUUAUGGCUAUUACCUACAUAUCAAUGUACUUGACGUUGGUUUCACUCUUUCUGAGCAUGAAGAAGUUGGGAUCGAAGGUAUGGCUCGCCACGAGCGUGCUUUUAAGCUCAACGUUUGCUUUCCUGUUGGGACUUGAUGUGGCCAUCAGACUUGGUGUUCCGAUUAACAUGAGGCUACUUUCCGAAGGAGUGCCCUUCUUGGUUGUGAUUAUUAGCUUUGAAAAGAGCAUUACUCUCACCAGAUCCGUUUUGUCUCAUGGCAUAGAGCAUCGGAAACCUCAAAAGUCACAAAACGAAAAGGGUAGCCCAGCCGGCCUCUCUGAAAGUAAUAUCCAGUACGCCGUCCGAGGUGCCAUUAGGGAUAAGGGUUAUGGAAUCGUGUGUCACUACGUUAUUGAGAUUUCACUUCUCCUUGUCGGUGCUGCCUCAGGCGUAAGAGGGGGGCUUCAGCACUUCUGUUUUCUUGCGGCCUUGAUUCUUUUCUUUGACUGCCUGCUCCUUUUUACCUUCUAUGCUGCUAUUCUCUCGAUCAAGCUAGAGGUCAACAGAAUUAAGCGUCAUGUGGAUAUGCGGAACGUCCUGCAAGAUGAUGGGCUUAGCAGACGGAUGGCGGAAAGUGUUGCUAAAAGCAACGAUGCCCCAGACAUCACGAGUGCAUACUUGUUUAGCAAGGAUUUCAAGAGCAGCAACAUUCAAAAGUUCAAGUUCUGGAUAAUCGUGGGAUUCUUUGCGGUCAGCAUUGUGAACCUCUGCUCUAUUGCGCUCCAACCAUCUUCUGGUGGUUCCUUGUACAGCAUGUCGGGCUGGAACAGGCGUCUCAACGGGAUGGCCAUGAACCCACCACUCGAGCCGUUUAAAGUAGCGGGAGAUGGAUUGAACGAACUGCUAUUCCAGGCAAGAGGGCGUAAACAGGCAACUGUGGUAAGAGUGCUAGCUCCUAUCAACUACGAACUGGCACAUUCCUUCGCUCCUCGCCCCUCCCCGUACCCCGACGAUCACGAGUAUAUUCAGCACAGAUGGUCGGACGCCCCAUCCCAGCUUCCCGAAUAUGGAGUUGGCGAAAGAAUGGUUGGUGGUCUCCUGACCAGCCUUGAAGAUCCUGUCCUCUCAAAAUGGAUGUUUGUGGCACUUGCUUUAAGUGUCGCUCUGAAUAGCUAUCUCUUCAAGGCUGCCAGACUAGGGAUCAAAGACCCCAAUCACCCGGACCACCCUGUUAACCCAGUUGAGCUUGCCCAGGCUGAAAAGUUCAAUGCUGCGCAGACUCUGACUCCUCAGCUCCAAUUGAGCCCCCAGGUUCCCCAGACAGAGCAAUCGACCCCUGUCAGUAGUGAUAAUGACAGUGAGGCUCCUUCGGCCCCGACACAAACGUCUGGAAAAGUGACUCUGGCCGUGCAAAAAAGCGAGAAAUCUUCUCUAUCUCGCACUCCCAUGGAACUGGAUAAUCUACUCAAGCAAAUACCCAUCAGCGAGUUGAACGACGAGGAUGUCGUUUCCCUAUCAUUGCAGGGCAAGGUCCCCGGAUACGCGCUCGAGAAAAGCCUCAAAGAUUGCACACGAGCCGUUAAAGUUCGUCGCUCUAUCAUUUCGCGCACACCUGCUACCGCAGAUAUCACCCACAUGCUGGAGGCUUCAAAGUUACCGUACGAGAAUUACGAUUGGGCACGCGUUCUGGGGGCUUGUUGCGAGAACGUUAUUGGCUUCAUGCCAGUGCCUGUUGGAGUUGCCGGCCCACUCGUCCUUGACGGCAAAAGUUAUUUCAUUCCUAUGGCAACAACAGAAGGAGUCCUGGUAGCUAGUGCAAGCCGUGGCAGCAAGGCUAUUAAUCUCGGCGGUGGUGCUGUGACAAUCGUUACCGGUGAUGGUAUGACACGUGGGCCAUGCGUGAGAUUUUCGCUCCUUUCACGAGCCGGUGCCGCUAAGGCCUGGCUUGAUUCUGAUGCUGGUCAGACUUUGAUGAAAGAUGCUUUUAACUCGACCAGUCGAUUUGCAAGACUGCAGAGCUUGCGGACUACGAUCGCUGGUACGAACGUGUAUAUUCGAUUCAAGGCAACUACCGGUGAUGCCAUGGGGAUGAAUAUGAUUUCUAAAGGAGUCGAGCAUGCUUUGCAUGUUAUGUCGACUGAGGCGGGAUUCGAUGAUAUGAAUAUUGUCACCCUUUCGGGAAAUUACUGUACAGACAAGAAACCCUCCGCUUUGAAUUGGAUCGAUGGUCGGGGUAAGGGCAUUGUGGCCGAAGCUAUUGUGCCAGCGAAUGUUGUCAGGGAUGUUUUGAAGAGCGACGUUGACAGCAUGAUUCAGCUGAAUGUGUCGAAAAAUUUAAUUGGUUCCGCUAUGGCCGGCUCAAUUGGUGGAUUUAACGCUCAAGCAGCGAACCUGGCAGCCGCCGUUUUCAUUGCUACGGGACAGGAUCCUGCGCAGGUGGUGGAGAGCGCAAACUGCAUGACUCUUAUGGAAAAUUACCGUGGCUCACUCCAUAUCUCCGUCACUAUGCCCUCCAUCGAAGUUGGUACAUUGGGUGGCGGUACUAUUUUGGAACCCCAGGGAGCAAUGCUCGAUAUGCUUGGAGUUCGUGGAUCCCAUCCGACCACGCCCGGCGAGAAUGCACGGCAACUUGCACGCAUCGUAGGAGGUGCCGUUCUGGCGGGAGAGCUGUCUCUUUGUGCAGCUCUGGCAGCUGGCCAUCUCGUGAAAGCGCACAUGGCGCACAAUCGGUCUGCGCCAACAUCUGCAGCCCCCUCUCGGAGCGCAUCACCAUCUGGCGGAACUCGGAUUGCGCCUAGCCCUAGUAAUGGCCCUAAGAUGAGUGCUGCAGCUGUGGAACGGACUAGACGCUGA